AUGGCUGGAUUCGGCGGUCACGGCAGAGGUCCACGAUUGAUUGGAUUUCUCUGCCAGUGGGACCCGCAUAAGGCAUGUGGCUUUCUGGAUUGUGAAGGCAAUCGACUUUUCGUCCACAAAUCCGAGUUUGCCCAGCAGUUCCGUGAUGGCGAGGAGCCACCGCUGGGCACGCGGCUCAGCUUCGUCGUCGGGGCCGACCCCAGAAGCGGCAAGGACCGGGCCUGCGACAUCUGGAUCGAGCAGCCCAUGCCCUACGGCGGCCCGCCAAGCCUGUACGGCGGCCCGCCAGGCAAAGGCGGGCCGCCGGGAUCGGCGCAGCGCGCCCCGCAGGGCAGACCACCAGGCGGUGCCGCGAUGGGCGCCGGCGGCAGAGGGCGAGGCCCCCGGCUGCACGGCGUUCUGCGAGAGUGGGAUCGACGAAAAGCGUGCGGCUUCCUGGAUUGCGACGGCAAGAGGCUGUUUGUCCACAAGACCGAAUUCUUGCACCCGUUCCCCGAUGGCGCAGAGCCCCAGCCGGGCACCGAGCUCACCUUCGUCCACGGCGUGGACUCGAAGAGCGGCAAGGAGCGCGCCUGCGAGAUCCAGGUGGAGUCGGUGAUAGGCCCUUACGGCCGCGGCUUCGGCGGCCCUGGCUUUGGCGGCGGGCCUGGCCCUGGCUAUGGCGGUCCUGGCCGCGGAUUCGGCGGUGGUAUGCCACCUCAUGGUUGUAUGCCAUUUGGCGGGCCAAUGCCUGGAGCUGGCUACGGCCCGUAUGGAGGAUACCCUGGCUAUGGGGCGCGGCCGCCGCAGCAGCAGCGGCUUUUCGGGAAGCUCUGUGAUUGGAACCCCGACAAGGCGUGCGGGUUCGUCGAGUGCACGGAUCCGCCUGGCAAGAGGCUCUUCGUCCACAAGACGGAGUUCGCAGUGCCGUUCCCAGACGGCUACGAGCCUCCGAUGGGCACGCCUUUCAGCUUCUUCCUGGGCAGCGACCCGAAGAGCGGGAAGCAGCGCGCAGUGGGCGGGCGGCGGUCCAGGAUGCGCAGCACGGCGCCUCCGGCGGAGGCUUUGGUCCUCUCGGGGCGCGCCGGCGGCUGGCCGGCACGCUCGAGGAGUGGAGCCCCGAGAAGGGCUGCGGCUUCAUCCACGCCCGCGACACUCCGGGCAAGAAGUUCUUCGCGCACAAGACGGAGUUCGCGGUGCCGUUCGUGGACGGCGAGGAGCCUGCUCUGGGUGUGGAAGUUCACUUUGUCAUCGGCCACGAUCCCAGAAGUGGGAAAGAGCGGGCCCAGGACUGCGGGCCACGCUCUGCUCGCGCGCGACUGCACUUGCGGGGGGAAGCCCGACAAGGGCCUGCACAGCGCUUGGAAUGGCAGUCCGAGCCUGGAGGCGCUGCUGGCUCGGCCUGGCGCGGGCACGCCCGCGGAAGGCCCCGGCUGGCAGAGGCGCUCGGGCGGGUGGUUCUUCGGAGGCGCGGCGGUUGGCGGCGCCGCUGGGGCUGGCGGCGGCGGCGGCACCGCCUCGGCGCAGAAUUCGGACCCCUUGCCAGAGCUCUGGACCACGAGAGGCGUCCCUGCGACUGGCCGCGCGGCCCCCGGCGGAGCGGCCGCGGCCGCGGGCGCGGAGCGCCGUGGGCCCGGCGGGCCCCGCGCGGAGGGCGCCGCGGGCGGGGGCCUCGAGGUCUGGCGGUGCCUCUGCGCCGUGGCCCGGAAGCUGGCGGACCCUGGCGCGGCGCUGACGCUGGAGGAGUCGCGGUCGUGCCUGGUGAGCUGCGUGGAGCACGGCCGCGCGCAGGCGAGGCGCGCGGCCGGCAAGAGGGUCGUGGUGGUCGUCGGCAACACGGGCGCCGGCAAAUCCGCCUUCGUAAACUUCUUGCACGGCUGCGCGUUCGAGCUCGACUCCGCGGAGAGGGUGGUGGUGCGGGCAGACUCGGCAGCGAAGGAGCUGAUGAAGAUCGGCCACUCGAACAAGUCGGAGACCUUCGAGCCUCAGGUGGAGCUGGCCGCCGAGAGCUUUGGCCCCGACUAUGCAUUUGCCGACUGCCCUGGAUUCCUCGACAACCGCGGUUUUGAGAUAAACGUCGCCAACGCCGUGAACGUGAAGCGGACUCUUGUCUCCGCGGCCAGUGCAGUCGUCGUUGUGAUCAUCAAUUACCACUCCCUCCUGUCAGACCGUGGUAAGGGCGUGAGGGACUUGUUUCACAUCUUGAGCGGACUGUUCGGCAGCGCCGAGAACGUGAGGAAGCACUCCAGAUCCGUCCUGCUGGCAAUCAGCAAGGCGCCCAAGGCAAACCCGGAGACCGGCAGCGCCAUGAGCCUGGAGCGGCUGCGCGACAGGCUGAUGGACCCGACCGGGCUGGACGCGGUGGCCAGGGAGCUGUUGGGUGCGAUCGGCGGUGCCAACGUUCUGGCCUACCACCUGCUGGGUCGCGGCGACGCCUCGUGGCCGGGGCGCGAGGAGAUCAUUGCUCGCGUCCAGUCGCUGGAGGCCCUGUCGACACCGGCCACCCUGUUCCAGUCGGCGAUCUGCCAGGAGGACAGGGAGAGCCUGCGGUGCCUGGUGGCGAGCCUGGCCAGAGGCGUGGAGGCCACCAUCGGAGCCGCCGAGUGCCAGGCGGCCGCCGACGCCGUGGCGGACCUGCUGGAGCUGAAGGUGGUCGAGCACGGCUUCGUCGCGGGGAUCGUCGACGAGGCGGUCCGGUCGGCCGUUGACGCCCGGAUGCUGGCCCUGAGGGCAGUCCUCGCCGGUCGGCAGGGCACUGGGGCCGAUGCCGGGGGCGCGGCAGAAGCCGAGCCGCCUGCCGACGCGCAGCAGUUCGAGGAGGCGCGCCAGGAGCUCCGCGAGGCCGGCGCGCUCCUGGCGGCCCUGGCGGACGUCGCGGAGGCCCGGGGCCCGCUGGAGGGGAUGCUGGUCGAGGCCGCCUGCCAGCUCGAGAGCGCCGUGAGGGCCGCGGCAGAGCUCGCGGGGAGGGAGCAGGUGGAGGCGUCGCUGCGGGAGGCGCUGCGCGCGCUUCAGGGCAACGCCGUGCGGGAGGUGCUGGAGCUGCCUCGGGCGGCGGAGGCCAUGCGGGCGCAGCUGGAGCGAGACCUCGCUGGGCUGCGGCGGGGAGCACCGGCGGAGCAGGCAGGGACGCCGUACGACGCCGAGGCCGCAGCCGAGCGGCAUGCGGCGAGGCUCGCCGAGGAGGAGUACCGCGCGAGGGCGGCGGGGGGGGCGUGGGAGGCGCACGUCGCGCUCGCCGGCGAGAAGCUGCGGGCGAGGGACCGCGCCCUCCUGGCCGAAGAGGGGGGCGGGUUCUGGGCCAAGACGGGCUGGUCCAGCGAGCGGCUGUGCUCGGAAUGCGGGGCGGCCCCGGUGAACUGGGCGUGCAAGGGGCUCACGGACACCGACUGCGACGUCAUGAGCGCGAUCUUCCGCUCCCUGUCGG